AUGGUCGAGAGUGCUGCCAAACAAGCCGGAGAGGCAGCCGGACGCCCCAAGUACAGCGAGAUGGUCGCCGCCGCCAUCAAAGCCUUGAAGGAGCGGAGUGGUUCCUCCCGUCAGGCGAUCCUCAAGUACGUCCUGAGCUUCUACGGGGUCGAGGACGAGAAGAAAGCAGGCGUUCAUGUCCGGCUGGCGCUGAAGAAGGGCGUUGCCGGCGGGUCUCUGGUCCAGGUGAAGGGGACGGGGGCCUCUGGCUCUUUCAAGCUGGCCAAGGUGGAAGGCAAGGCGGAGGGAAGGAAACCCGCUGCGGAGAAACCGGUCGCGAAGAAGACCACUGUCAAGAAACCAGCCGACAAAAAGACUUCAGUGAAGAAACCAGCCGCCCAAAAGACUUCAGCGAAGGAAACAUCCGCCAAAAAGACUUCAGCGAAGAAAAUAUCCGCCAAAAAGACCACAGCCAAAAAAGACGUGACGAAGAAGCCCAGCGUGAAGAAGGAAUCACAGAAGAAAACCACAAAGGAAAAGGUUACGACAAAGAAAGCAACAGCCAAGAAACCGCCGACGAAGAAAACCGCGCUCAAGCAGCCAGCCACCAAGAAAGUGACCAAGAAGUCUGCAGCUAAGAAAACGGAAAAGAAAUCCACAAACAAGAAGCGCCCUCAUUUCAUAUCCAAGCGUCCUUCGGCCAAGCGCGCCUAUCCCAAGUACAGCGAGAUGGUCGCCGCCGCCCUCAGGGCCCUCAACAAGCGCAACGGCUCCUCCCGGCAAGCCAUCCUCAGGUUUAUCCUCGCAUCUUUCCAGGUCGGAGACGACAGGGCCGCCGGCGUGCACCUGAAGCAGGCGAAGUGCACUGCCGAAGAGCGUCCUCCCAUUCGAGAGAACCGGGGAAUCCCCGUCCCUCGGCGCCCUCAUUAA